GCUCUCAAUUGUGAUUAUUGUCGAUGCAAGAACAAUUUUAAUAUCCUACAAUAAUUUCCAUUCCUCCACCAUGCCUUUAGAACCGAAAAUCUCCGUCAAUGAGCGCGAAUUCCUCCUCGAUGCCCUCCGUCAAAACCUCCGCCUUUCUGGUCGCAAACUCGACGCCCUCCGCCCACUCUCCAUAACCUUUGACCCCGACGACUAUGGCGUGACCGAAGUGCAACUCGGAAAGACUCGAAUCCGCGCUCACACCCAAACCACCAUCACCAACCCCCCUCCCUCCCGCCCCUUCGAAGGCACCCUCACCAUCACCGCCGAGCUCUCCCCGCUCACCGCCCCCCACUUCGAGCUCGCCCGCCCUUCCGACACCGAAGCCCUGCUCUCCCGCCUCCUGGAGAAAUCCAUCCGCCGCUCCGGCGCCCUGCCCGUCGAGUCCCUCUGCCUCCUCGCCGGCGACAAAUGCUUCAACCUGCGCGUGACGGUGCACGUGCUGGCCCACGACGGCGGGCUGCCGACGGCGGCAUUCGUGGCGGUGCUGGCGAGCCUGAUGACGAGCCGGGUGCCGGCGACGGAGGUGCGCGGGGGGGAGGUGCAGGUAUUCACCGCGGAGGAGCGGGAGGGGGUGCGGUUGCAGCUGGUGCAUGUGCCGAUCGCGGUGGGGGUGUCGGUGUUCGAUGGGGGUGCGAUCGGGGUGGUGGAUGCAGAUGGGAUGGAGGAGCAGGCGCGGGAGGGGGAGGUGGUGGUGGUAGGGAAUGAGGUGGGGGAGAUUUGCGGGGUGACGAAGUGGGGAGGGGUGGAUGUUGGGGCGGUCGAGUUGGUGGGGAUGGUGGAGGAGGCGAGAAAACAGUGUGAGGGCGUGGUGAAGUGGUUGAAGGGGAAGGUGGAGGAGGAAGAGAAGAGGAGGGCGAAGAGGGACCACGCGGGGGAGCGCAGCGCGGAGAAUCAGAGGUGA